CAAAAGAUGGCGGACACCGCUGGAAAGGAGCAACUGAAUUGAAAGCAGUGAAAGACCUGGGCCUGGAAGGAAGGAUUACAGGAGAGAAGGCAGGCAAGAAGUGGGAGAAUCUAAAGAAACGUUACAAGGACCUGAAAAAACCAAAGACAGGCUCAGGUACAGAAAGCGGCGAAACAACGGUAUCCAACUGGCGUUACUUCGAGGCGAUGCAUGCCGUUUUGGGGGGAAGGCCAGCGAUAGAUCCUCCUGUGAUUGUGGCCUCUUUCAAGCCGGCAGAGGACCCCACAUCAUUGCUAAUGGCCAUUGUCGCACCUGAUCACGAACCCAUCGAGGAAGACAUCUCUGAGCCUGGAUCUACUCUUCAUCCCACCACCCCAGUUUGUCCCACUACACCAACCACCACUUGUCCCAACACUCCAGCUACUACUUGUCCACCCACCACUCCAGCUACUCCGAGCUACUCUAAGAGGAAGAGAGGAAAUAAUCUCAUUCUGGAUUUUCUUCAGGGUGAAUCUGUUAAGGAGCAGGAAAGGCACAAAGAAACAGAGGCCCAAACUGAGAGGUUUUUAACCCUCUUUGAAAAACUUGUGGACAAAAUGCCCCAACAAUAGUUAUGUUAUGUUGUG